CCGAUUGGCUCACAGCGCGGAUUAUGAAUCGAGCUCGCGUUUCUUCCGAGUACACUUUGUCUAGCCAAACGCUGUUCUUCACAUCAUUCUUCCAGAAUAAGCAUCGAAUUAGGCGCUUGACUGAACGCAAGCUCCCCCAAGUUAAAGGUUUGUGAAACUUGUUUGGUGACUAUGAAGCUUCUCAGGCUGCCUUAGCUUAGCCUAGUUUGGUCGUCAAGACACAGGUUAGUCGGUAACACGUGGCUCAGCAGAGUUCAAUAUUUUGAUUCCCGUGUGAAAAUGUGUACCAACCAUGUGAAACAAGAAGAUUACAAGGAGAAAAUAUAUCGGAACGAAGAGAACGAACGACAUGGAGUGGACGUUGUUUGUAAGAAGCCUUGGCACAAAGCAGAUGUCACUGAAGAUGAUCUUCGUCUCGAGCAGCACGAGUCGGACUACCACAUAAAACAGGAAGAGGGCCCAGAGACGCCGUACAUUAAAAAAGAACAGCAGGAGGAUGAAAUCAGAAAGUUUCCACUGACUGUUAGUGUAAAGAGCGAACAAUAUGAAGUCAAAGAUCAAAGUGAGCUGAGUGGAAGGGCUGCUGAGCCUUCGAGUAGAGGCAAACAUCAACACCUCACAACAAGAGUUGAGGGAGACCACUGCAGAGGAUCACAAUCAGACAGCCUCAUUCCUUCUACUUUAAAGAAUAGACCGGAAACAAUGGCUUCUGAAAAGAAAAGAGAUUUCUUCUUAUGGACUGAUGAAGAGGUGUUACUGUUAUUAAAAGUAACAAACGACCACAAAACCUCUAUGGCUGCGCUAAAUGUGGACUGGGAGACUUCUCAGACAAAAUAUGGCGACAUUUUAGCGCGAUUUAUCAACGCCUACCCCACCACAGUAAAAGCCGGCACGCAUUCAAAGGAGUUCCCCCACAAAAAAGAGGAGAUAAAUAAAGGAAUCAUUACUACAAAACUGAAAAACAUUAGGAUCCGCUACAGGAGAGCAGUCGACUCCGGUCGCAGAAGUGGACACGGACGUGUCGUGUUAUUAUAUUUUGAUGCGUGUGAAUCUAUUUGGGGAGCAAGCCCAGCCACCGUUUCACUGAAUGAAGGUGUGGACACAAAUGACAUUAAUAGUGGAUACCAUGAAUUAGAAGUGCCACCGACAUUACCAUCCAGCCCAACAUCAGACAGCUCAUCGAUGGAGAGUCGGAAGCGGCGUCUAAUGGCUUCUGAUGAUGGACAAAGGGACCACAGGCACAAAAAACUUCGUAAGCUAACCACAAUGUCCAUUGCUCAAGAGGACCUGGAGCUCAAACGUAACUUUUUUCAGCGGCAGGAAGCAAUGGACAGAGCUUUUCUUCAGAGGAUGGACCGUAUAACUACAAAUAUUGAAAGGCUUGUAGAUCAUCUUACACAGCCUCGGCAUCCGAUAGUCCUGUCGACUCCAAGACCCCACCCCCCAAUUAACAUGAUACCACAAUCAGAAGCAUGCAAUCCUUCACCAGAAAAUGUACCAUCGACCUCAACAGCACAUUAGAGCCAAAAUUAGCGAAGACCACAAAAUUAUCCUGCUGCCCAGAGCCCAUUUGAGGACUUUUCUCACAUGUAAAUAACGGCGGCUCUGUAAAGUGUUCAUAAAAAUACAAGUUUGCUGUGCUGUGUGUUUUGCAGUGGUUUAAAGAAUUAAACUUGCAUGUUUGAUAUCCUGUGUUCCGAAUAUUUUUUGUCCUGAAACGUGAACGAAGCUUGCUGAAUUAUUUUAAGGAGGCACUACACCACUACUUAACUGCAAAAAUGCUUACUAUUGCUGUGGAUUAUGGUAAUGUGUUCAUGUUUUAUAUAUAGAUAGACAUUUUGGUUGAUGAUUGUGAAAUGGUAUUUCUUACGAAUAAAAUACAUUUUUGGUGUAGUGGCCCCUUAAAAGUGAGAAAUUUAAUAUUUCAACCUUUAAAACUGAACCCACACAUUAAGUGUGAAUUAUUUUACUGCACUUUUUCCCCCCUAUGAUUACAGUCAUACUUCAACAUGGUUAUUAGCAAUCAAGGCAUUUUCGCAAUGCAAUCUAAAUCAAAUUUCAUAACAGCCUCACAGGCCAAUAUAUAUAUAUUUUUUAAUUAACUUUGCCCUUUAAUGGAAAAUUUUAGCCUUAACAUUUAACUGUUAUAUUGUACCAAUAUGGUUUACCAAUCUAGGCCUUUUUAAAUCUUGGUUAGAGACACUUUUUUUAGACUCACUUUUUCCCCUGACAAGGGUAGCCUGGUUUUAUUAAGCGUUUUAAUGUUUUUGGACUUUAUCUGUUUUUCUGUUUUGACUUUUAUCGUGAUGCGUUUUUGUUUUUCUAAUAUCAUAGUAUCGUACUUUCCUUCCAUUUAUCUAUUAUAUGUUUGUGAUGUAAAGCAUUUUGAGGGCAUUUCAGGUUUUUGUAAAGGGCUGUAGAAAUAAAUGAUUAAUAUACUAAAUAUUACUGCACUAUGCUUUAAUUUGAUACAUUCCAGUUUCUGUACUUAUGAAAAUUAUCUACAAUUGUAUUCAAUAUUGUUUAUGUAUAGUAUGAGAAGUGAUUUAGUCUAAAAUGUGCUCUGCUUUAUUCAGAAUCGAAAUGCUUCUUUAUAAUUUGGUAGUUAUUUUAUGCGAGAUCUGCUACAC